AUGGAGGAGGAGUGCACAACAACAGCAGAAGCGGCGGUGGCUGGUGAGGCCUUCCUGGAGGCGGUGGCCGCUGGCGACGUGCUACGCGUGCGGCAGCUCUUGCACGAGAACCCGCCACACCACCACCACCACACGAUCAACGCUGUCGACCACCUUGGCUGGACGGGGCUGAUGAUGGCGGUGGAGGCGCGUCACGUGGAGAUGGUGGAGCUGCUGCUGGCCAGCGGAGCCGACCCGCACCACCGGUCGAGCGUCGAUGGCAUGCACGCCCUCCACGUGCUCGCCGAACAGCGCCCACACAUACACAACUCCACCCCCCAGGAGCAGGAGAAGCCGGCGGGCAUACUUCUGCUGCAAGCCGGCGUCGAUCCCAACGUGCCCACCUCGUCCAGCGGCGAGACGGUGUUGCAUCUGAUGUGCCUGCGGGGCAACAUCGAGGGCGUGCGCGAGCUGCUCGCCCGGCGCCUGGUGGUCGACAUCGACGCGCGCAACGCCCACGGCGACACCGCCCUCCACUACGUCAUUCUCAUGUUCUCGGCAGCGGCGCGCAAGGGCCACGACGAGAUGGUGCGGCUGCUGGUGGCCCACGGCGCAUCGCCCGCGGCCGAGGGUCGCUUCGGCACUCCGGCCCAGGCGGCCAUCGAGUUCGGGCAGCACCACACCGCUGAACUGCUCCGAAGCCUGGCGCACCCCACCGAAGACGGCACUCACCGACUGGGCCUGCACAGUCUGCCUCCGGAGGUGGUGGUGUACAUGCUGUCGUUCGUGGCCAACGCGCGCGAUCUCUGCUCCCUUUCCAUGGCGAGCCGAGCGUUGGCGGCGGUGAGCCGGGACGAUGUCCUGUGGAAGCCACUCGGUCACCCGUCGUGGGCCGAUCACCACAUUCUCAGGCUCACCAACGGCCACAGGAAACGCGACACCCACACUCUCCCACUCAAGCCCUCAACACCUGGCGACUACCUGGCCAAAGUGGUCAUGCAAGGCGACUCUGGCACAGGAAAAUCGGCAAUCCUCCGCCGCUACGUGCAUGACGAGUUUGAAGUCCGUCAUUCUCCGACCAUCGGCGCGGCCUUCGAGCGCCGCUGUGUGGAGUGGCAUGCCAACAGGAUCCAGUUGCAAUUGUGGGACACGAGCGGACCCGAGCGUUUCAGAUCGAUCUCGCCGAUGUACUUCCGUGGCGCGCACGGCGCGGUGGUGGUCUACGACAUCGCCAACAGGUCGACCUUCGACAACGUUGGGCGCUGGCUGGAGGAAAUUGACCAGUACGGGCUGGAAGGCUUGGUCGUGGUGGUGGCGGGCAACAAGACCGACCUGGCCUCCUCGACCAGACGCGCUGUGACCGAGCUCGAGGGCAGGCGGAAGGCGGAGGAGCUGGGCGCGCUGUUCUGCGAGUGCUCGGCCAAGACGGGCGAGGGCGUGGCUGACGUGUUCGACCUCCUCGUGGAUCGCCUGAUGGGCGGCUGGCAGCGCGUGGCCCACAUGGCCACUCCGGCACAUGUGCCCAGCGAGGCCCUCCUCGCCCAGCUCUUCCCACACGUCACCACCGCCAACAAUAGCAGCGCAGGAGACAGCACGCAGCAGCAACAGCCACCAAGGUGUGCGCUCCAGUGA